AUGUCAACCUCUGUCCCUCAAGGCCAUACAUGGGCCCGACAAGUAAAGGAAAAUGAGGAAGAAGACCCACUGGACCAGCUAAUUUCCCGCUCUGGCUGUGCUGCCUCCCACUAUGCUGUGCAGGAGUGCAUGGCCCAGCACCAGGACUGGCGGCAGUGCCAGCCACAGGUGCAGGCCUUCAGGGACUGCAUGAGUGAACAGCAGGCAAAGCGGCGGGAGGAGCUGCAAAGAAAGAAAGAGCAAGCCAGUUCCCACCACUUAUUCCCAGAGAAAGGCCCUGUAGAAACUAGCACCCAGAGCAAUCAUGGGAGGAAGAAAUCCUAA